AUGUCAGAGAAAGAUACGAAAGUAGUCGGAGGAGACGAGGGCAACGUCUCGGCCGCGUCCGACUCUGAGACCGCCGGACCCGAGAUCAACGAGCGCGCGCUGCUGCGAAAACUAGACGCGAGGCUGCUGCCCGCAGUCGGAGUUUUGUAUCUGCUUUCCUUCCUCGACAGAAGCAAUGUCGGCAAUGCGAGGAUCGAAGGCCUUACUACUGACCUUCACAUCACUGGCAAUCAGUACCUCACCGGCCUGACGCUGUACUUUGUGGGAUACGUCUUAUUCGAGAUCCCUUCCAACAUCGUGCUCAAACGCACGACACCCCGCAUAUGGCUUCCGACGUUGACGAUAGCCUGGGGUAUCGUAGCUACCCUGAUGGGCGUAGUGCAGGACCUGGCUGGCUACUUUGUCAGCAGGUUCUUCCUCGGUACCGAGAGCGGCCUGUUUCCUGGCGUAGUGUUCUACUUCUCGAUGUGGUACAAGAGGCGCGAGCGCCAGUACAGGAUAUCCCUCUUCUUUAGCGUGGCCUCUCUAGCCGGUGCCUUCGGCGGCAUUCUAGCUUAUGGUAUCGGGAGAAUGGGAGGCGUGGUGUGGGAAAAUGGGUGGCGCUGGAUCUUCAUUUUGGAGGGAAUCCUUACCGUACUCAUAGCGAUAGCGGCGUAUGGCUUUGUUCACAACUAUCCAGAUACCUCCAAGUUCCUAACCGAUGACGAGCGGAGGUUUAUCCACCAACGUCUUGCAGCGGACAGCGAUGCGACGCACGAGGAGCGUUUUACUUGGGACGCGGUAGUGGAAGCGCUCAAGGAUCCUAACUGCUGGCUUUACGGGCUGGGGUUCCAUACCAUGAGCCUACCCCUCUACACACUGUCCCUCUUCAUGCCGACUAUCAUCGCCAAUCUCGGUUAUACAGCGGCGACGGCGCAAUUGCUCACCGUUCCUCCUUACGCGUUCGCAUUCCUAACGACAGUGGCCGUGGCCAUUCUCUCGGAGCGACUUGGCCAGAGGGCAUUGUUCAUCGCUGGUUCUGCCGUAUUCGGCGCCAUCGGUUAUAGCAUCCUGCUAGGAAAUACCGACCCCGUGGGCAGGCCGGGAGUCAGCUACCUCGGGGUGUUCUUUGCGGCUGGCGGGAUAUAUCCGGCGACCGGACUCGUGCUGUCCUGGCCCGCCAUCAACGUGUCCGGCCAGACCAAGCGAGCGAUCGCAAACGCGAUGCAGAUCAGCAUCGGCAAUCUCGGCGCCGUGAUGGGAACCCAGCUGUACCGCGCGAAUGACGGCCCCAGGUUCGUCGUCGGCCACGCUUGCGCCCUCGGGUACCUCCUCGCGAACGCGGUGGUGGUCUCGAUCCUGGGGCUGAGGCUGAAGAAGGAGAACAAGAGGCGCGAGGGCAUAGCGGGGGAGAUCAAGCACGUAGGCGAGAUUACAGACUGGAAGGGCGAUUCGGAUCCGAGAUGGCGGUUUGAAUACUAA